CGGACCAACAUGGAGCAGGGUGAAAUGUGAGGAUCUUACGUUGUUCGUUGAAUAUUGAUUGGCAGUGCUCGCCUCGGUGAUGCUACAACGAUGAACGGCUCUCCGGCGCGCUCUCCCCUCGACGGCAACCCACAGGACGAGGAAUGGCCCCGAAUAACCUAGCAGAAGCAGCAGUACGGAGCCUCGAAAAGAUGCGCCGUCGGUAAAUCCUGCUCUUGCGGUGACUUUGAGGUACGCGAGAUGGACUCCCCGCCGUCAUGCUCGCUGAGUGCCACUGGACCGCUGAGCGACCUGGGCAGCAGCGGGCUUGGGGGCUCCAUAUCCAGUGACUCCGUACGCGCCCAUCUUGCCAUAGAAAUGCAGGAGAGCGACAUGGAGAGCAAGUCCCUGUCCCAGGACUCGUUCGACUACUCGGACGGGAUGUGCGGCGAGAACUUCAACACCCUAAAGAAGGGCCCCGGGUGGAACGACGUGGACGGGAAGCUGGAGGUGGAGGUGGUGGACGUGGCGAUAAAGCCGCCCCCGGAGUUCCAGGACAGCCCCUCUCCCCCGGACUCGGUGUCCUCGACGGCGCCGAUCCUCGGUUACGCGCCGCAGUCGUCCGAACGGAAAGUGCCCCGAUGGCUGGAGGAGUUCGCCGAGGGCCUGGUGCAGCCGAUAGUGGAGGAGGCCCUGGCAAUUUCCUGCCGGAUAUCCUGGCCAGAGGGGAGGAUAGCCCCCCUGGCGCACCCGGCGUCGACGGUGACCUGCAACGCGCACAACUCCAGGGUGAUCUGGACCAGCGACCUCCUCUCGCCCCCGUCGGCGUGCCAGGGCGCGACCAUCACCAUCACCCCCUACAACACCCUGAACCGGCCGACCUCCCGGUGCUCCCUAGCUUCCUCGAGACUCUCCUCCUCGCACAACUCGAUCAACACCGCCGGCCUCGGGCACAAGGUCGACGACAGCAGCUUCAUCACCUCGGCGAUGUCCCACGACGUCCUGACGACGAGCGAGAUCAGCGACAUGUACAACGUCCCCUUCGACUCGGACAUCUACACCGUGCCGAUAGACGUGGUGCGGCCCUUCCACGAGCUCCGCACCCCUCAGAGGCCCAAGCGACAGCGCCACCAUCCCCGGAAGCGGUGGCGGAACGCAUCAGCGGGGUCCCAGAGCGAGCUGGAGGCUCACAUCAACCAGGCUCGCCACUACUGCGGCAAGCCCAGGGCGAUCACCCACGUGAUAAAGUCCCAGCGCCUCCUGGCGGAGGUCUGCUGCAACGAGGCGGCCAACGGGAAGCGGCACAGCGUCCCGGGGACCUCCGGUCGACACGCCGGGAGGACUUCCAACGCCCACUCCCACAAUAUCGGGGAACCCAUUCACAUGACCCUCCACGAGGUGCGGCAGUACCUGCAGACCCUCUACUCGAGCUCCAGCGACUCCAGCGAGAACCGCAUCAAGCGCGAGAAGCUCCCCACCGAGCAGACCCCCCUGCACCUCGCCACGUCGAAGAGCCUCGUGGUGAACAACAACAACAGGUACUGCAACCCCCACACGGACUCCUCCACCGACACCCCCAUCUCCAACAAGAGCUCCACCAACGGGCUGGUGCACAACAACAACAACAAUAACAACAACCCCAACGCCAGGAAGCACAAGAAGAGCGCCCUGGUGGCCGCGAAGCACAAGAAGGCGAAGGAGGAGCAGCACAAGGACAAGGUCGUCGACAUGGACAAGGAGAAGAUGAAGAAGAGCCAGAGGAACUUCUCCCUGAACCUUAAGCAGACCCUGUGCAACAUAUUCAGGUUCAAGAGGCUCGGCUCCCCGGACCACUUCGUCGGGAAGAGGAACAGCAUCGUCCAGGGGGAGAUCGUCGAGGAGGAGGAGGGCCUCGACUCCGACCAGCACGCGAACAAUAAUAACACCACCGGGGAGGGCGACCCCUCCGCACCGAAGAUGCCCUUCUUCAAGAGGGCCUUGCCCCCCUUGCCGAAGAGCAACGGCCAGGUCAGGGUGGAGCAGGCCGAGGAGGCGCUCACGGCGAUGGUGGCCAAGCCUGAGAGCCCCAGCUCCGUGCAGCACCUCCCGGCUGCUCCUCCCAGGGACGAGGAGGACCCUGCCGAGGAUACUAGCAUGGACUUCGCCGCCAGCAUAGAGAAGGUCAAGGAUUACGGCUGGUACUGGGGUCCGAUAUCCGGGGAAGCCGCCGAGAAGAUCCUGUCCAACGAGCCGGACGGCUCGUUCAUCGUGAGGGACAGCAGCGACGACCGCUACAUCUUCUCGCUCUCGUUCAGGCUGAACAGCUGCGUCCGGCACGUCAGGAUAGAACACGACCAGGGUAACUUCAGUUUCGGCAGCUGCACCAAGUUCAAGUCCCACACGAUCGUGGACUUCAUCGAGAACGCGGUGGAGCACUCCAGGAGCGGGCGCUACCUCUUCUUCCUGCACCGGCGCCCGGUCCUGGGCCCGAUGAGGGUCCAGCUGCUGCACCCGGUCUCCAGGUUCAAGCAGGUCCAGAGCCUCCAGCACACCUGCAGGUUCGUCAUCCUGAAGAUGGUGCGCAGAGACCUGAUCCCGACGUUGCCCCUGCCCCGGAGGCUGAUCGAUUACCUGAGCACCCCGCACUACUACAGCGAGCAACUCGCCGAGCAGGACGAGAGGGCCGAGUCCCCGGUCAGCUCGUCCACGGGGGAGCUGGAGAAGAUCUGCUUCACGCCCCAGGGCCUGUCGUGAGGCACGAACGGCGCAUCGGUACCGGCCAUCCUUUGUAAGCUCCUGGCGAAGACCGGGUCCGGCCUCCCUGGAUGCCCUGGAGGCGCCCUCCACCCUGAGGGACCCAUCGCCAGGAACCCGCAACGCUAUCGCGGUGCCUAGUCGCUCGAUCUUGUACAAUAUGCCGGACGAAUGGUUAAGCGCCACCCGGUUGACGUUUGUAAAUUGCCCACCCGGGUCUCCCGGGUGGUAUGCGGCCAUGGGUGGCGGGUCCUUGCCGAGGCCUAUCGCGAGGUGCCCUCUACGUCUUGGUACCGUCUUACGAUUUGUAAUAUACACGGUGGUAGGCCAUCCUCUUGGCCACUCCGCACCAGUGUUGCCAACCGUACUAUAAGUGUAGUCUUUGUACUAUUACUUUGUCCUAAGUACUAUCCAUUUGUCUAAGAAUGAUAUACCUAUUGUUUUACAAGGAAUCAUACCAUGACAACUUGAGUAGGCAGUUUGCAAUUGUUACGCAUGAACAGCGGACCAAUUAGAACUUUUCUUGCUUAUCAGAGACGGUGGUUCGUUCUCAUUGGUUCCCGGUCUUGACGUCACGCGACUGCAGCGCCACCGUUUGAGUACUAGAGGCUUUUUUCAAAAACCACGGCCCAACAAAGCCGAACAGCUCCUUUUAUUUCAUGUCGGGAUAAGUGAAAAUGUAUUACUUGGGUUAAUUAUAUGCAAAAGAGGUAGCGUUCAGGUGCACUGGCUUUUUUAGACAUGAAAUCUGAAGAGCGGAGACGGCGCCUGGGAGUCAAACGGUUAAAUUACAUUCCCUGCAUUUUCGGUUGGCUUUCUUUUUAUUUUUAUUUCCUUUCUUUAGUACGGGCGUUUUUUGAAAAUAUUCCAACUUAUGAGGUCUACUAUAAUUGUAAUGUAAUUUAGGCUGUACUAUAAUUCACGGGCUUGGAGUUGGCAACACUGACUCCGACGUACCGGUGUCGGGAUUUCAAAUUCAUUCGAAUUUCAAUGGACGACCUGUGGUCGGGGUUUUAGUGCUGGGUAAUGUAAGGCACUAAAAAACUGUACCCGGGGCGGAUGUCCAAGGAGAAGGUGAAAUGAAUGUCGGUACAGGGCCUAUAUCACGGGGCACGUGCAAUACCAAAAAAUUCAGAAGUUCCAUAGAAGCCCAGAUCCUAUGUUAGCGCUUGAUGCGGUAAAAGUUGGAACUAACAAACCAGAAGUGGGGUAAAAGAGAGAUCGGAUGUGUUAGUCAACAAUAUCUCACAUACGGAAGGAAGAAAGACGUAUAUAGAAAGGCGAGUAGUGGGUGUAAGAGAAAGAAAGAAUACAAUUCGCUGUAUAUCGCCGUAAGAUUAAGAGAGAUGGAGAGAUGAUUACAGCGCCGCCACCGUUGGCUAACGUACUAUCGAGCAUCGAAUGUCCUUCUGGGCUUCUAUGGAGACUUCUGAAUUUUUUGGUAAAGGCCAAAGAAUUCAGUUCGUUACUUAUACGGUACUAGUCAGGAAGCACGAAUCAUACAACGACACCGGGACGCUGUCGAGGCCCGUGGAAACCACUCGAAGGUCGGUGACCAAGUCGGUCGCCAUUUUGUAUAUUACCCAGCGGUCGAUAGAUCUCCAUCAGGGCCGUUCCCCUCCUGGUGAAACGUUGCACGUUAAGUGGGCCAAACGCGCUCGUCGAGUACUGCGUUAAUUAAACAAAGUGAUACCCCGUUGAUAUGCUAAUUUCCGGUGUAUGUUAAGGAAACGUUUAGCGUAGAGUUUCACGCUUGGAUAAACUCCGUGCGGUCGACCUCGGGAUAUUUCUACGAGUCGGAGAGCACGUAUUCGGUUAAGGAACUAUGUAUAAGGAUAGUUAAUUACGUACGGACAUGGUAUAGUCGUUUUACAAUUGCACCCUGGACUAAUGUAGAGCCAAAGGUCCUUACGUAUAUCUCACUUUUAGCGUUAAUUACGUAUUUUAAAGCAUUGUUUAUGUGAAGUGGAACACCUAGAGGAACUUGAUCGACGUAGAGGCAUGAGUGUGGCGUCUUAGCGGUCCGAUUAUUAACUAAAAGUUAAAAAAACGUUUAAAGGCGCUGCUAAAAGUGAGAUAUGAGUAAGGACCAAAGAAUUCAGAAGUUCCGUAGAAGGCCUAGAUACUAUGUCAGCGCUUGAUGCGCUAAAAGUUCGCUAACAAACCAGAAGAGGGGAUAAAAAAGAAGCGAUCACAGCGCCGCCACCCGUUGGAUAACGUACUAUCGAGCAUGGAACGUCCGUAUCCUUCUGGGCUUCUAUGGAGACUUCUGAAUUCUUUUCUAGAGCCAAACAAUUCGAAUUACUGCCGACUAGAACGUACCGGAAGAACUUAAGGCUCGUUUUCCCAGGACCGGUCUCGGGGAAGUCACCCCUAUCGGUGCAAGGGUUCUCGAGUUACUCCGUUUAAGUGUUCAUCGUCAUUAAGGUGGUACGAAAGGGUCAUUAGGAAUAUAUAUAAAAAGAAUAAAAAUAUAAAAUUUUACCCCAAACCGGACACACCAACGUAUCAUCACGGGGCUCCUAAUGAAGGCCUCAAAAAUUCCUAGAACUUCAUUUUUUUGUUUAUUACCUCUCUUAGAAAAAUUCAAUUUCCCGAGUUUCGAGACCUUCAUUAGGACCUCUAUUAUCACUGGUUAGAGUUUCAAGAAUUUCCCUGAAUACUGAGAUAGGAUUUUAUGUAAUACCAUUUUGACUUUU